AGGGUAAAUUAGAUCUUAUUUGCAAUUUCCGGUCUGUAAACCUAACUUCUAAUGUUUACACGCUUCCCUCUGAGACCCAAAUCUAAAUAUUUCUAGGCGUUCCUGAUGGAUGGACUGGUGAGGUGGAACGAGGACCGCGCAGCAGCUGCUGCACCUCCACCUGCAGCUGAGGAUCAUCUGCCGCCUCUGCACUACUACAGUGACCACCUCAAGCACGCCCUUAACCAGAAGAGCCAGAGGGUGCUUGGUCAUCAUCUGGUUAAGGAUUUCACCAAGCCUGCUGUGUACACAGGGGAACUCAUUGGGGUGGAGUACCUGUUCCAGCAGUCAGGUAGCGUGCUUGAGGAUGUCAGCGGGGACCCUGACGCUCCGGACGAGGCUGCUGCUGUCAUCACUCUGCAAGAUGAGGAUGAGGGCAUCGAGGAGGAUGAAGACCCCACCAUCUCCGGGCCGGUCCUCCUCUCCCCUGACGCAGCAGCCUGGUCAGGUGACCCAGCUGACACAGACACCUCUGAGCCAUCCAGUCUGUCGCCCCCCCCCCCCGAAGAGGAUGUCCGUCCCGCUACCUCGCAGACUCCCGAUCAGCAUCUCUCCUCAGACUCUGAGGAAGAGGUCCAGGGUCCUGAUGGUCAGCCAGGAUAUCAACAUGUCCUGAGGCUGGCCAAGGCCCUGGUGGAGAUCAUGAGUCUGCCUGCAAUCCCCAACAGCAGGGUAGACCGAAUUGUUGCGCUCUGGGAACGCCUCCCAGAGUCUGACAAGCAGCGGGUUGUCUACCCUGCCAGGCACCGGGACAGACAGCCCAAAGGCCGUUUCAAGGCCGCGAAGGGGAAGAGCACUUCCUGUCCUGGGAAGGAGUCUCUCCAACACGGCCUUUUGGGGUUGAACGCCGGCCCUGCAAACUGGCCUGACGCCAGCCGCCUGGUGGAGGCUAUUUGCAGCCAGCUCUGCCGGCUUCACCCCUCAGCCACAAGAACUGGGGGGGUUCUAAAGACCCGUUGGUCCCUGGUCUUGGGGGACUAUGUGGCCAUCAGGGAGGCGGUCCUCGGGAGCCCCAGGCUGAUGGCUCAGACCGGUCUUUAGCUGUUUCAGCUGAAUCAGAGGACCCUGUCACAGUGGUUCUCCAGCAGGCAGAAAAAGUGGGAGAGGGCUGUGCUGGAGCAGGAAGUGGGACUCCUUCCUGCUGCUCCAGCUGUCUCCCUGCAGCCUCUCCCUGAAGCUAAAGGGCUGUCCUUGGUUCAGGUGGGACAGGGACAGCCCUUCGACUACGGGACGCCAGAGGAGAAGCUCCCUCUCCCACUAUUGAGACCUGCCCCUCCAGCUCCACCACCAUCGCCUCCUCUACCUCCUCCACCACUGCCUCUGCCUCCCCCUGGUGAGCGUGUUCCCAGGACGACCACCUUCAGGAGGAGGAAAGCAGCAGAAGCAGCAGCUGCUGCACCAGAGGGCCCUCCUGCGGGGACAAAAGUCCGCCGGCAGACUGUGCAGUACACCUGCACGAAGUGUGGCCAGCCAAAAAGGCUGGACACUGGCCACACCAGGAUUGACGGUGUGUCAUACUGUGCAGCUGUCGGCGGGAAAACUGUGCAGGAGUGGACAGAGGAAAUGAAAAAAAA